GGUCAUGUGACAUAGCAACGUGUUCAGUAGCAACAAGCUGCAAAACUGUAUGCAACGCAAUUUUAACGAAGCAUUAUUUUCCUCACAAAAAUGAAUUACGGAAAGACAUUUGUCAAAACUGAUGUUAAAAUAGUUUCUUACCCGCACCGGCCAAGCCAGCCUGUCUGGAGACCUGUCUCAAACUGGACUGCUCCCUCUAGCUACAGACCUAACCCCUAUAAGUGGGUCAACCCUAGUCUGAGGUCCCGCUCUGACCAGUACAAGGCUGACCUUCAGCCUGUCAGGUCUGAGCCAAAACCAGGGCCUAGUUAUUCUGCCACUUAUAGUGGUAGGCCUGCAGAUAGAGCCAGUAAUAUGGAGACAUCCAGGUCUGCAGCCCCAGCAUGCCUUCAGCAGGCUGACAUACCUGAGAGGUUAAGUGAGUCUCUUAGAUACAGAGAGACAUCAAAGGCCUCAAGGUCUAAGGACCGAUCUCCUCCUCCCAAGAGAUUCAGGGGAGACUUCAUUGUGCUGGAUGAGUACAGCAGUGAAAGUGAUACCUCCCUGGCAACCAGCUCUGGCAGUGGAUCUUCUCUAGCAAGCAGCUGUGGCUCUGGGAGUAACACAUCACCGAGUGAGAUUUCCUCAAGCAGUAGCACUGUCCUGUACAGCACUGGCAGUGAAUCAUCCCUAGAUGAUGAAAGUGAUUGCACUGUGGCUGAACCAGUUUUGGAGGCAGGGGGCCAUGAGCCCAAAGAGACACCAGAGCUGUGGGGAACUUAUCUGAGUGAUGAUAUGGAAAGACAGCUUGAGUCCUGGGCUUCAGAGAAACCUGAAGACUUUGUUCCUGUGACCCCAAAACUCAGGGGAAACAGUGACAAAGGUCUUGGACAGGUCACCCUGAGCCUAAUCAAGAAGCCCCAGCCUGUUUCCAUGGUUACAGCUGACAUACUGUCCACUCCAGUGGUCACUCCCAAACCAAGUUUCAGUGGUCAAGUGAAACUUGCACAGUUGGAGAACCAUGUCCCAGCUGAACUGCCAGAGCUUUGGGGAUGCUAUGUGAGUGCUGCAAUGCAGAGGCAGAUGGACCAGUGGGAGAGAGAGGCUAGUAGCCUGAACAUCAAGACUCCAUCCAGCAUUAGUCAGAGUCCUUUUCGAAAACCUGGGUCUGCAUCUAAUCCAUUGCUGCAGUCCAGUGUGGCUGCUAAGCAGCAAGUCAAUUGGUGUGCUCCCAAACACUGCCUCCAGUCUAGUGUGGUUGCUAGGCCAGUUGUCAUGCCAACUCAGCCUGUACUGCAGUCAGCUGUGGUUGUCUGGGCUACCCCUGUCCAGAGGAUCAUACCUGGCCCUGCACCGGCUGCUAGAUGGGGUCCCAGCUCUUACUCACAAUCCUCUGUGAGUUGUUCAGUUGCUAGGAAACGGCCACUGGAGGAGUAUGAGAAUGAGGCUGCUCCCUCAGCCAAGAUUCACAUUAACAAGAACCACCCAAGGUUCAGACACUUGUUCCAGUAAAUAAGCACGGGUGGAGGAUAAGUAUGGUUUUUAUUAUUUACAAAAAAAGAAAAAUGAAGCAUAUGCUUCACCAAAAAAAGUAAAAAAAUAAAAAUGAAGCAAGGCUUCGCCAAAAAAAGUACAAAAAAAAACAACAACACAAAAAUACCAAAAAAAGAUGUAACGUAGGUUUUGUAGUGUAGUUAUACUAUUAACACAAGAUGUAGCCUAGGUUUUGUAGUGUAGUUAUCCUAUUAAAUCUGUAUUAGAGAUUUGUUUACUGUUUUUUUUAUGUUCCUUCUUUGUUUAACUAUGCACAAAAUGUUCAUGGUUAGCUAUUGGGAUACCGUGAUUUCUGUUUGUUGUUGCAUCAAUGUGGCUGUCUUUUGUUUUCUGUCUUUUUAUCAUAAACUACCAAAUUUGAUAUAAAUUUAGAAGGAAGUUGCUCCAGUGACAAUUGUUAAAAGGGUUUCAAUAAACUUCAUAUAAUGGUCACAAGAGCUACAAUAGAUUUUCAAGGAAACAAAUCUCCCCUUUAACUACAAGGUUUAGAGGUUUGAUAAUAUGUUUGUUAUAUUGUACUUUGGUUAUUAAUGAAGUUUUUUGAAGCAUUAGCUUGGGGUAAAAAUGAACCAUUGUUACUCAAAAAAGUAUUGUUUCUGCUCAAUGACUUAAAUUUGAUAGUAAUUGUGCUCAAAUUUUGGUGCAGGCAGUUUACAUGUAUACCUAGCUUCCUAUUUCACCUGUGACCUAUAAGGUAUAGCUCAAGGUCUGAAAAUAAAUUCUGUUUCUGCUCAAUAGCUUGAUUUUUAUGGAAAUAUUGUUCCGAUAUUUUGUAUGUUGUUUGUUAGUCUGUUACAUGUAGACCUGGCUAAGGAUUGCAUUUGGGACAAUUUGGAUUAAGGUCAAGGUCACUGUUUAUUAAAAUAAAAACAACUGUUUCCCGCUAAAUAACUUAAGUUUGUUUGAAGUGUUUUUGAAAUAUAAUACUCACCUAAAAUUAUAAAUUUGAAAUAACAGUAUCCUCUUUGGGAUUUAGAUGUAAAAAGGCAAUCAAUUCACAUGUUCUUAUUUUAUGUAUGCUGAUGCAAUGUGUUUUUGUUUGCCAUUAUUCAUUGAGAUCAUUCUGGAGAUCACAGUUUCUAUUUCUGUAAUAUUUUUACAAUAACGAAUGUAAGUCAGAGUGAUGGCCACUAUUUUGAUAUUUGGCAAUGAGGCUUUACAAUUCUAUAAGAUGUUUUAUUUAAAAAAUUACAACAUAAAAAAUGAAAAGAAGACAUUUUCUUCCCAAGCCGAGAUCUAUUUCAGUUUUUAUAUGCGCUGAGAAAUUUCCAUCCAGGCCAUCCAGUAAAGCCUCCUAAUGCUUCCAAGCUUGACAAGGACACCAGCUCCAGUAGCAGUGAGUAGCAAGACAAGCUUGAAGGUCCCAAGCCCUUGGAAAAGCAGAGGGGGAGGACAUAUGCUUUUAGAUGACAUCCACAAUGGAACUAUGUUAAAACUCUAUCACCAUGAAGUUAUCACGACUGGACUCCAUCAACAUGCAGUCAUCUCAUCAGAACUUCAUCACCAUGCAGUCAUCACAACAGGACUCGUUCUGAUGCAGACAUGACAACAGGUCUCCAACCCCAUGCAGGAAUGUAUUGUUUUUACACUGAAAUAAUAAUACUAUUAAGCAAAUAAUACUUUAAAGUUUGUGUGAAGAGGUGUUGACAAGUUUAAAUUUAAUUAAAACUCUUAACAUGAAAUAACAGUAUCCUGUGUGGGACUUUGAAAUAAAAAAGCAAAAAUGUCAUAUUUUCUUAUUUUAAGUAUGCUUAUGAAAUAAGUUUUUUUUAAUGCUUAUUAAUCAUGAAGAACAUGCUGAAGAUCACAGUUUCUAUUACUGUUAUAUUCUUCAAAUAACCAAUGCUAGUCAAAUUGACUCAGAGAGAUGGCCAAUAUUUUGAUUUUGGGCAAUGAGGCUUUACAAUUCUAAAAAUGCUUGUGUAUUAAAAAAACAAUACAACAUUUUAAUGAAAGGCACAUAUUAUUUCCCCAGUCCAGAUCUUUUUCAGUUUUUCACAUGUGCUGAGUAACUUCCAUCCAGGCCAUCCUUUAGAGCCUCCUUAUGCGUCCAAGCUUGACAAGGACACCAGCUUCAAUGUACCAAUCAUAUUAUUUAGACCAUACUAAAAUUUCGUAGUUCGACCACAUUCUAACAAUGAAAUUAAAGUUGUGAAAUGGUUAACAAUGCUCUUCCCAUAUACAACUGGCAAAAUCAAACAAAUAAGGGGCCCUUAUUCUCAUUUUGCCAGUUGUAUAUGGGAAGAGCAUUGUUUGAACAAUGUUCAUAAAGACCACUUGGCAUCUGUUAAAGUCAAAAUAUUUCAGCAUGUAGACUUGAUAAUUAUUCUUCUCUAGAUCAUGACUGCAAAAUUGGCUCAAAUAAGUACAGGAAUAAAUAUACCUGAAGUACCUUGGAGGAAAAGUUCACCCAUUUGGCAUUAGAGGGCUUGAACCAAUGAUAGUUGAAACACUAGCACGGUGAUCUACACACUGAGCUGUAUUACAAAUGUAUACUUUUGUUACUUUGAUUGUUGUUGGUUCAGGUACUACCCUGGGUACUCUUUAGUAUACUAAAAUGUACUCGGGUAAGGAAAAUAUGCUUAAGGCAACCGGCCAUACUCUAUGGUACUUUUUAGUAUAUUUUCCAGCCGACAAUGACCAAUCUUGGUUGUCUCAGUUGGUCUUUGUUGUCUCAGAUACUACUUAAGAGUACUCUUUAAGUAUACUACAAUAUAUCCCGGGUAGGGAAUAUACGCUUAAAGGCAACCAGCCAUACUCUUGGGUACUUCUUAGCAUAUUCUCCAUAACCUGGGACCAAGGUACUUUGUAGUAUACUUAAGAGUUCCAAGGGUCCUUAUAUGUAGUAUCUGAGCUGACAAUCACCAAAUGAGCAUUAGUGAUUACAGUCUUUCUCAACAUUUCAGUUUCAGGAGAGCAUUUCAGAAAUUAGAAAUGAGUAGAAACAUUACCGCCACCUGUGAUUGUAACAAACCUGUGAUUCCUUCAUUGAUAGUCAUCUGAUCUACAGGAACAGGAAAUUCCUCUCUUCAAUUAUUUUAUUAGGUUGUACUUGUACUAAACAGGUUCGAUAUUAGCCAAUGGGUAUUUUUUAAUCAGAACUGUUCACAGACUGAGAUCAAACAAAUAUUUUUUAACAAUAUAUUCCUGAAAUUUUAUUGCUGUUUCAGUAUUUUGAAAUUUCAAUUUUUGACUUCAAGCAAAAUUGAUAUUAUUAAAAAACAGCACAUGAGAAUAAGUCCCUUAAAAUGGUGGCAUAUUUCUGAGGAUAUUAACAGAGGAAAACACAACCAUACUAUCUUGUUGAUUUUAAUACCAGCUACUUAACUCAUGUGUAAAGGCGGAACCAUUAAAUAAGGAUAAAUACAAUACUUGAAAAAACAUGAACAAUUCAGAAUAAUAAAAAAUAAACUUAAGCUGUCAUAUUUUGCAGAUUCAAAGAUGUUUGUUAUGAAAGAAAAUUCCUGUAAAAAAAUAUCUUAAAGGAAGUUUUUAAAUAAAAUCACAGAUAAAAUAUUUUUAAGGACUAUAAUCUUAGAAUUGCUCAUUUUCCUCUAACAUGCCCUUGUAUUUCAAGAUAGAAUACUUUCCAUGCCAGAGGAAAGAGGUCUGAGUUCAAAUCCCAGCGGGGGCUCCAGAGGAGAUGCAUUUUGGGACCAAUGGUUGUAUUUGCUUUACUUUAUCCUUAAACUCAACCAAUUCAACAUGAAAAUGUAUUGAAAAUAACUCUCUUUCUACAUACAUGAAAAAACAUUAAUGCAUAACAUCAUUUUACUUCUUUUUAGUCACUUUAACUAUACACUUUCAAGCAACAUUAAAAUGCAAAAGAAUAACAUUAGUGGUGUCAAUGGACUGCAUACAGUACAAGGUAUGAUGAAAAAAAAUUGGUUAGAAUAAACUCAAUAAUUAUAUAGCAAUUUCUCAUUUAUAACAGUUUAAAUAAAUUAUUAACUGGGCGCACUGCUUCUUUUUUGCGAUUUCUGACUAUACCUUAUUUAUGUGAAAUUGUGAAAAAUAAAUCCUUAAGUUUAAAAAGAUGGUAGUUCUAAAAAGGGAACUAUAAGCAAGAAUCAAUAAUAACUGGUGACAGUCAUGUUCCAGUAUUUAAAUACAUGUAAUUUACACACACUUUACAAAUGUCAUACUAUCACUCAUACAACCAUUAAACCAUUGAUGAAAUUGCCUAAAUUUCAUAAUUUUUAUAUAUGACCACAUUUGUGAAUUUAAGCUUUGAAAUUGUGGAGAGGGGGGGGGGGGGGAAGAAUUUCGUGUGUGUACUUAUGAACUGAAUAAAACAUAAGAAGCAAAAACAAUUUACUGGGAUUACAACUGACUCCUGGAUAUCUUCCAACUGAAGUCAUGCAGUAUGUUACUUUGAACUGGAAUCCCAUAUUGUUGAAAAGCCAUUGUUUAAUGUCCUGAGUAUUGGUAAGCAGAUCAGUGUAAAAAUGCAACGACUUAACUUUUUCUGAAGAAUGUUCAUGCAUUCACUUCUUCACAUUUGAACUCUGGAACAUUUUACAGUGUGGAUUAAAAUUGUUUACUGUUUUUGACACUUAACUAAAUAUAAUGUGACUGGUGAACAAAUGCCAUUUCUCUUUACUGUGAAAUGUUGUUUUGCCUCAAUCUCCAGGUUAUUUCCUGAAAUUAGACAGUAUUACAUAUUUAUAAGAAUUAAAAGCUUUAAAUUUAUGAUGGUGACAUUACGUGUUACAUUAUUGAUAAAUUUUGCAGACAAAAAUAAAAUAUAACCUCUUUUCUUUAAGAGUUGUUUAACCCUUUACCACUUAGACAUGUAUUUUCAGGCAUGUCAAAACUCAGAAAGUUUAAUGUAAUUACAUUUGUUUGCACAUACCAUAGGCAUUUUAACUUUGCAUCUCAGUGAGAAAGAAAUUAUGGCAGAUUUACAGUAUAUCAAUUGACUAUUGCCUCAUUAUAAACAAGGUCAUACAAUUUGAAUUUAUGUUUAUCGUCUAAGGGGUGCCUAAACUUUCUUUGAUCAAGUGGAAUAUUGUGUUUUCAAGUGUAUGAAAAGCAACCUACAGUGACCUAUAUAACGACAACACCUGCGCUAUUCCAUUAAAAACUUGUAUUCAUGUUCGGUGAAUAUGUGUUAUCCUGGUCUUCACCACUUUGGAAAAAUUUAUUUACACCAUAGGCAUAAAUAAAGCUGACUGAUUGAAUAAACGUUUAAUAAGAAUUGUUUAUACGGUAUGUGAUUUUGAAUUGAUUUUAAAUAAAUUAGCUUUGUACCAACCGAUACGUAGGUUUAACAAAACUAGUUUAUUUUGGAGUUAGUAUGUACUUAAAAAGCUGAAGAAGUAUUUUGUUUUGAUUAAGAUAUAAACGCUUCUAAUAUUCUUCCUUCAGAAUGGUGAGUUUCCUCUGAUUAUAAAUAAAUGCAUAGAUUUAAACAUUAUGAAGUGGUUGUUUUGUCUUUAAUACUACCUUUUUAUCUUGUUUUUAUUGCCCUUUUAGAACUUUAAAAAUAUAUACCCCAGUAAUUGUAGAUCUUAAAUAUUCAAUGAUGUAAAAUGUAUGUUUUUAAAAUUUAAAUCCCAUAUCCACAUAAUAUUGAAUUAAGACUGAUGUAAAAUUAUUGUAGGUGAUGGUUUUCUUUAAAGCAGUGUGUUGCUACUCAUGUAUUACAAUUUUAUGACUUCAUGAAAGCAACAAAGCAAUAUGAUAAGAACAAUGUUUUUUGUAAGAUAGAUUAAUCAAAAACUAAAAUAUUAACCACAAUCAUGAAAUCAUUUUUUACAGAAGACCAUUUUUUAUAGACUUGUAGUUUGUUUAUUCCUGCUUUAUUCUUCUUUUCGAAAAGUCAUGUGGGCGCUAAACAUAGAAUCAAAUUUGUAUGGCCUGAUUCAUAUAACAUGUACAACUUUUGGUGAUCAGAGACAUUGAUUUAUGAAACGCACAAAAUAAGAUGCCUCUAAAAUUAAUAAAAAAAAUAAAUGCAUAAAAAUGCCUUUAAAAAGUAUUACCGGUACAUGAACAUAUGAUAAUAUCCUUGACCUGUUCUGCAUCGAAUAAAAUUCUGGUGUCCAAAAGUCACUGUGUUAUUAGUUGAAGAGGCAGCUGCGCAUCUUUUCUCUUGUGGCAGUACACACGGACCGCUUUCAGACUUAUUCAAGAACAAUAAGCAAUUUAUUUAGUUGAUAAAGUCUUCAGUUGAACAAUUAAAUGGUUUGUUCAAUCAUUAAUAUCUCGACUGUACUCGAAACGAAAUUUUUUAGCGGGAUUACAAAAUUUAAGGUUCCGUUAAGAAAAUUCGUAGCGAGUAAACUCGAGUUAUAGCGCGAAUAUUGAUACGAGUUAAACACUUCUCACUUACUGAUAUGGCUGGAGUGAGCAGCAUUAAACAAUUAAAAACAAUAAUAAAUAGUAUAAAACGGCGAAAAUUUCCUGUUUUGGCAUGGACGUCGCCAUCUUGAUCGUUGCGAGUUUCGUAAUGUAAUAUGUUUUUAUCUGAAUUCAAGAUAUAAUGUACAUAUAACUGACUUUUGGUUUCAGUUAUAAAAGCGUCAUUACGUCGUUUUAGUUUAUCAAAAGGAAAAUCAUGUUAAGUGUUAAAAGAGAUAAUUUUGCCGUCCAAUAACAUACAUAGAUGAUAUUUGUUGGAUUCGGUGGAAUAUCGAUUUUAUUUGACGAGUGAUCAUAGAAAACACUAUUUUCACGAGUGGCGCAGCCACGAGUGAAAAUAUAUAUUUUCUAUGAUCUCGAGUGAAAUCAAAUCGAUAUUCCAUCGAAUUCAACAUAUUUUCUUUUUAUUUUAUGUUUAUUCACCGUUUAUUUACAUUGUUAAUGAGUUAAUCUGGAUACUUUUGCUGGAGUUAUGACGUCAUUUCUUUGAAAAAAUGACGUCAUUUCACAGUAAAACAGUGACGAAUAUCGAUAUUUUUCACUGUCAUUUUUCACUGUUUAAAACAGUGGAAUACCAGUUUUAUUUAACUGAUAUUUCUCUAUAAACCACCGGAAAGCAUAAAAUAAAACAGGAUCUGACACCGUUUGCGAUGUAACUGGAUGAAAUCCACAGAUAAUGUGUUGGUGAGGUAAUCAGAGUAGAAAAAUGUCAGGAAAAAUAUAUCAUUACAAAAAUAGAAUGCCAACAAUUAAGACUCAAUCACGGUUUAAAUCCAAAACCAGUAUAAAUUAGUAUGAAUCAAAGUUCAAAUGUAAGGAGCCAUGUUAAUGGGCAAUGUUAAAAAAGUGAUACAAAAGAACGGGGCUAAUUCCAUGUGCGGAACAUGUCGUUCCGGACUUUACAGGAUAUUCUGAUACAACACAUUACACACAUGCAUUUAGCCGCGUUUUCCAAGAGUAAGGCUCAAAUUAUUUUAUCUGUUACUGUUUCUGAAUGUGCAAAUUAUAGAAGUCGUCAGGUCCGUGUCCUACUAAGCCGUUUUUUUGCAGGUAUGUACCUGGGCAUGGUCACUGUCCUGGCUGCGGUGGGUAUACUGAUGACCAUUAUGCUUUUGAUGGUCUUCAAUACGGAAGGGGACGUCAAUCAGUCCGUCUCCGAAAGUUGCGAUCUGCGCUUUCUGAAGUUCGCCGCUUGCUUCAUCUGCUCGUCCAAACGUCGCGUUAUUUAUACCGUUCUACGACGGAGAGGGUCGGCCUCAACGGUCCAGGUUUCACCAACACAAGGGAACCGGUCCGCCAGUCGCGGUAACCAGCCAGUCACCGAUAGCUUUGAUGGAGAGGCCGAUAUGAUCUGGAAGGAGGUAGCCAUUGUCCUAGACAGAUUCGUGUUUGUCGUAUUUCUAGCGGUGACAAUCUUUAUGAACGUAGGUUGCCUGGUAGGAUUGAUGGUGGGAGCGGACCAAAAGAAACUAUGAUGACGUCACCGUUAUGACGUCAUAUGCGCUCUAGAACAUUAUGUAAUGGUCUAGUUCUCUUAUGCAUGCAUCUGCCAGGUUUUAUGACCUUAAUCCGGAUGUGAAAAUCCAUCAUCAAAGUCACAAGAUAGGCGAAAAUAGGGUCGAAGUCUGAAGAAUAGCGCGGUAAAAUAUACUCCCCGAUAAUUUAGAGGCAUUAAUUAUGGAAGAAAACUCGUACGUCCGGAAUAAAGAGUCACGAAAAAAAAUAUUAUUGCUAUAAAAAAGGGUAUCCGAAAACUUAGAGUAAUUACGGUUAACAAACGUGAUUAAAUUAUAAAAACACACAACAUUGCACAGAGACAGACAACUGUAAAAAUGUACAUGCACGAUAUUUCGUAUAAGGUAUUCAAACAAUGGAUGAAAAUGACUGUAAAACUUGAAAGCAGACAAUUUAGCAAAAAAUAAGAAGAAAACAGUCAAAGUAUGAUUUUGUGAAUCAAUGUUUCGAUUUCAAAGCCGCCCGAUUUGAUGUUGGUAUAUUUUCCCAUUUUUGUUAUGUGUCGCACAAAAGUCAUUAUGAGUCCAAAUGUGUUUGUAUUUAUGACAGAUGUGCAAAAAAAUGGUGAAAAGCGGUCAAGAAAUGCCCAAAGUCAGUACAAAGAUAGGGCUUUUCAAUUUCUGUGCAUGAACAGAAAUAAUCUUAAUUUUAAACACGCGCGGGUCACAUGUUAAACCACGUGACCAUCGCAUAUAUGUUUACAACGCCAUUUGCAUUACCCGUUUACAAAGCGAAAAGCAAAGAGACAGUACAUAGCAGCGUCAUGAUUUUGCAGCGUGAUUUUUUUUUUGGAAAUAUCUAUGCAUAUUACUCGACAAAUUUCAAUAAACUUUCAUCACGCUUGAUAAAAACUCCUUUUUUUCAAUCCACAAAUCGGCCUUAUUGAAUUCGCUCUGAUCUGAGAAAUCGUUUUUAUGCAAUCAGCUUGCAUUCUGUCUUUUUACGAACAUUAUAUUCAAUACAUAAUGAUCCUCGUUUAUCCAUUAAGACAAAAUAUGUUUUAUAAUCACUUUGCUAGUUCUGUCCGUAGACAUAGUUCUUUUGUAAAUUGCUUGUGUUAUUUAGUAGUUCUUCUUUGUUUUAAAAUGCGCGGAGGUGGAAAUCACGUGAAAUUGGCGCUCACGUGACCCAAAGCGUGCACACGUCACAGGUUAAAAAUAGUCUUGAGGAUUCCGUUAUAUUGAACAUGAUUAGGUUUAGAAUUUUUUAUGCUUUUGGCAUUUGUUUUGCGAAAAUCUGUAUGAAAGAGUUAAGCUUAAGAAUGUAUCUGACGACUACUGAUAAAUUCCGGUCAGUUGAGAUAACCGAAUUGUUGUGAGAAAUACCACCUCGGACGGCUUUUAUACGAGUUCAACCUUUAACAAACGGUCAAAUCUAUGUGUAUGCGUUGUACAAAGUACAGCAAUUUAACGAUAAUAAACUUAAUGUGCGUCUAUUUAACUACUUUUCGCACCACAUGGACAAAAUAUUCGGUACACCAUAUUUGUCAUUUUUAAGUUGAUUACAAUCACAGGAAUGUAUAAGCGUUUUCGGGUAAAUAUAGAGAUUAAUAGGUUGGUGACGUGGAAGGAGAAUGGUUAUCUGGCAAGUCGGAGGAAGUUCGGCUCACCCGAUAAGAUCCUCCGACGAGCCAGAUAACCAUUCUUCAUCCACGUCACCAACCUAUUAUUCUAUUUAUCCUGUCACAUUCGUUGAAAUGCUUCUAAAGUAUCUAGUUUUCGAGUAUUUUGUGUUUAAGUAUUUAAUAUGGGGAAAAACACGCGCGAACAAAAACAUUGUUACGUCACGUCAUGCAAAACGCUUGGGCUAGCUUCCAUCUUGUUAAACAACACAGAAAUCGAGUCAAUCGUUAUUAAUUCAAUACACAAAGACAAAAUUAUGCUGUUAAAAUAAUAAUGUUUAAACAAACAGUGCUUUACAUGUUUGUUUUUUUUAAUUGAAAACAGGUAUAUUUUAUUAAUAGAAAAUAGUACAGGCGUGCGCAUGCGUGGAGAGCAUCUGACGGAUAUUCGAGGUCACGUGGUCAUCUAGCCUAAUAUCUUUUGGGAUAUUAGGUUACCUGGUUAUCGGGCUGAUUUAAUGGCAUGUGACAGGAUAAAAGAAAAUAUUCCGGUAGAGAAUUAUGGAUUCACCCGACAGCAUUUGUAACAGUGUCGUUAAUUUUAAGCUUUAGGCAUCGCAUCCCUUUAUUUGUUUAAAGAUUUAACAAAUGAUUAAUAAAUUCUUAAAAUUUAAUUAAUAAUUGGAAGUCUUUGAGAAUCUUUGUUUAUUAUGUUGUGUGCCAUUUAAAGAUAUAAAAUUUUAAAGUUUUGUUCUGAAAUUGAGAUAAUAAUAAUAAAAUAUAAACGCUU